GUGCUAAGUCUCUGUGCAGUCCUCGACCUUCCCCAGAUAUACACCAAGCCGUCUGCCGAGGCGCUCCUCGAUACUCUGACACUUCUCACCACCGCUCCGCCGUCAUGGGAGGCGAUUGAAAAAUCAAAGCAGAAACACGGGCCAGCGCCAGCCGUCGCGGUCAACCCAGAAGGGGUCACGCGCUACCUCACGAGCAUCAUCAGUAGCGAUUUGAGGUGGAUACAAGACGAGGAAUUGAAGGAGCAGAUUUGGGACCAAGCCAGUGCAAGGCUCAGCGAACGAUCUGGACGGUCUGCCAUGGGCGCAAUGUCGCGCUCUUUUCGCAUUCCUACAUCUGCCAACGCCUUCGAACUCAGCAUCCACGAGCCGACUUUGACUGGCGACGAUCUGGGUCUGAAAACCUGGGCAGCGUCUUACCUCCUCGCGAAACGUCUCAGUUCAUUCAGCCUGGUUCCUACAGACACGCAGGAGAGACUGCAAGUUCUUGAACUUGGUUCGGGCACUGGCCUAGUCGGGCUCGCCAUGGCCGGCCUGGGUGCACACGUCCUCUUGACCGACCUGCCCAGUAUCUGUCCGAACCUUGCGCACAACGUACGCCAGAAUCACAAUGUGAUCAGUGAGAACGGUGGAAAGGCUCGCGCCGCCAUGCUCGACUGGACCGAGCCCCAUGUCUGUGAGCCGCUCGAAGACGACCAUGAAGCUAUUCCCGCAAAAUUUCCCGUGGUUCUAGCUGCCGACUCGCUUUACUCUCCAGAUCAUCCACGCAUGCUGGUUGACACCAUUGCAGCCUGGCUUUCCCCGGCCAGCCAUGCCAAAGUCAUUGUAGAGUUUCCGUACAGGGAUGCAUAUCUGCCUCAAAUCAAGGACUUCCGCCGACGAAUGAUCGAGAUCGGACUGCAGAUGCUGGAAGAAGGUGAAGAGAACGGGUACGAUGACUGGGGAGCGUCUGGAGCGGGCGACGACCAAAACGAAGGUGCGCUUGUGACCUGUUGGUGGGCGUUUCAGAUGCUAGCUCACAUGGCCUUGGCUAAAAACCCAUCUUUCGUUCUUCAGGCCCCUAACAAAGUCAUCUACGAAGACCGGCCAAUUCCAGAACUCCCAUCUCCAUACGAUGUCAUUGUCCGGCCACGAUGGACUGGUAUCUGCGGCUCAGACGUACACUACUGGGUUGAAGGCCGCAUCGGCCACUUUGUAGUGGAGAAGCCAAUGGUGCUCGGUCACGAGUCUGCGGGUAUUGUACACAAGGUUGGCGACAAGGUGAAGACUCUCAAGGUUGGCGAUGAGGUCGCCAUGGAGCCUGGUGUGCCCUGCCGCCGUUGCGUGCGCUGCAAGGAGGGCAAGUACAAUCUCUGCCCUGACAUGGCUUUUGCCGCAACACCUCCAUACGACGGUACCCUCGCACGAUACUACACACUGCCAGAGGACUACUGCUACAAGCUGCCCGAGAACAUGUCCAUGGAAGAGGGUGCGCUGAUUGAGCCGACGGCCGUCGCUGUGCACAUUACGAGGCAAGCAUCCAUCAAGCCUGGCGACUCUGUCGUCGUAUUCGGCGCUGGCCCUGUUGGUCUGCUGUGCUGUGCCGUGGCAAAGGCCUACGGCGCAAAGAAGAUUGUCACCGUCGACAUCAACGACGAGCGCAUGAACUUUGCCCUCAAGUACGCCGCAAACUCCAGCUUCAAGAGCCAGAGGGUAAGCGCCCAGGAAAACGCUGCAAACCUUAUCAAGGAGUGCGAAUUGGGCUCUGGUGCCGACGUCAUCAUCGAUGCCUCGGGCGCAGAGCCCUGCAUCCAAACCGCCAUCCACGCUCUCCGCAUGGGCGGAACAUAUGUCCAGGGUGGCAUGGGCAAACCUGACAUCACCUUCCCCAUCGUAGCCAUGUGCACCAAGGAACUCAACCUCAAGGGCUCUUUCCGCUACGGCCCCGGCGACUACCAGACAGCCAUUGACCUCGUGUCGAGCGGCCGUAUCUCCGUCAAGGAACUGAUUACCGGCAAAGUCAAGUUUGACGAUGCGGAAAACGCAUUUGCCGAUGUCAAGGGCGGGAAGGGAAUCAAGAUUCUGAUCGAGGGUCCUGCUGAG